AUGGGGGAGAACGGGGAGAGAAGUCCCUUACUGGGGGUGAGGACAGGCCUGAAGAGCCCUGGAGCAGCUUGCAUGGCCGUGCUGGUGGUAGAGGCUCUGGAGAAAGUGGCUUUCUGCAGCAUCUCCUCCAGCCUGGUGCUCUACCUCAGCAGCAGCAGCACUUUCGGCUGGGGGGGCACCCAAGCUGCCCGAGCUGCCCUCUUCUUCCUGGCUGCUUCUGACCUGCUGUCCCCCGUGGGUGGGUGGCUGGCUGAUGUCUACCUUGGCUGCCAUGCUAGCCUGCUGCUCAGCUUCUCUCUCUGCCUGCUGGUGGCCUGCCUGCUGCCCGUGGCCACCACGCUGGACGGGCGCCUCUCGCUGUGCGGGCAGCUGCCCACUGGCACCAGCCAAAACUGCUCCUGGACCCACGGUGGGGCGUGCCAGGGGCAGCCCCCUCAGCUCUACUGCGCCCCCACCAUCUACGCCAGCCUCCUGGUCUUGGCCUUGGGACUCAGCUCCAUCAAAGCCAACCUCAGCCCCUUUGGGGCUGACAAGGUGAAGGAUCAAGCUGGUAAUGCCACACGAUGCUUCUUCAGCUGGUUCUACUGGAGCAUCAACAUGGGGACAGUCUUCUGCCUGCUGCUGGUGGCCUUUGUCCAGCAGAACAUCAGCUUUCUGGCCACCUACCUCAUCCCCGUUGCCUGCCUGGCCUUGGCACUCCUCAUCUUCCUCCUGGCCACCCCCACCUUCCUCAUCAAGCCCCCCAUGGGCAGCCAGGUCUCUUCUAUGAUCAAGCUGGCCACGAAGAACUUUGGCUGUGUCUGGCUGGGGAAGAUCAGGGCCAGGCUGAAUGCUCACUGUUGGGAAGCUGAGGACCUUCUGCCCAGCAGCAGAGCCCAGCCUGGAGCCCCUUCACCUGAGGAGGACCUCGCCAACUUCCAAGUGCUGACCCGGAUCCUGCCUGUGAUGGUGACCUUCAUCCCUUACGGCAUGGUCUGCUCGCAGAUGCAGUCAACUUAUCACCUGCAAGGACUUCACCUCCGCAUCCCCAGCGUCUUCCAGCACAGCCCCAGCAUCCCUCAAGCCUACAUGGUGAGGGAUGAGGCCAGCAGCUCCACAGGGCUGCUGCCAGAGGCUUGGCUGCUCCUGGCCAGCACCGUGGUCCCGCUGGCCUUGGUGCCCCUGAAGAACCACAUCAUCGACCCCUUCCUAGCCAGGCACAAGCUGUUCCCCUCAGCCCUCCAGCAGAUGGCCCUGGGCAUGUUCUUCAGCCUCACCUCCAUCCUCACAGCAGGCUUCUUGGAGCAGGAGCGGCUGCGCUACGUGCAGGGGGAGCAGGUGGUGCUGCAGCGUGUUGGCAAGGACCUCUACAGGGCUGCCACCCUGCCAGUCUGGUGGCAAGUCCCUCAGUACCUUCUCCUCAGCAUCAGCGAGCUCUUUGUCAGCAUCUCCAGGUUGGAGUUUGCCUACACUGAGGCCCCCAAGUCCAUGAAAGGAGCUGUUAUGGGACUCUUCUUCCUCACCUCUGGGCUGGGCUCCCUGCUGGGGGAGGGGCUGCUGAGCCUCCUCUCGCAGCCCACCCACGGGUGGAUGCAGUGCCCAAAGGAGCCAGGGAGCACCGACCGCUGCCAGAUGGACAACUACUUCUUCCUGCUGGGGGGGAUCCAGCUGACCAACUGCCUCCUCUUCAGCUGGACCUCCAGGCACUACCAGAGCCACCCACGGCUGCUGGCUGCCCCACACCCCUCCCUGGGGCCAGAAGAAGACUGAUGUGGUGCCAGGAAGAGUGACGAGGCAUCGUUGCCUUUCCCUGGGGACAGUGGUGGUGGUCCCAGUGCCAGCAGGACAGGGGUGGGGACAGGACCUCCAGCCAGAGGUGUCACCCCAUCCCAAUGGGAUUUUGGGGGUGGAGAGCUGUGAAGAUGGCUCAGUGUGGGGUGGAGAGAAGGUGACAGUUAGGUGGGUAGAGUGAGGAGACUGUAAGGAGCAGGGUGACAGAGGUGAGGUGACUCCUGCCAUCAUCCAAGGUGAUUUGGGGGUGCCUUGGGGCCACUGGGCCAAACUGGGGGACAUUGGAGGGCUCCUCUGAAUAA